AGAGCACCAUUCUAUCGCCUUACGUUGCUCUUCUUUGUUUUUUCUAUUUAUAGUUACUAUCACAAACCCCAACCACCACCGAGUUUGCAGCGAAGAUGACGACAAUGGCGCUGGUAGAUGAGACGCUGGCGCGUUUCGAGCGGAAGUCACCGCGCGACAGCUACAAGCAGGUCUGCGAGGAGCUCGGUGUCCAUAUGCAGCGGGACGUCUACGCCGCCCUACCCGUGAAGCAGAACGCGUGGCAUCACCUGCACAGCCUGGAGCUCGAGAAGAGUCUCCUCGGCACGAAGGGUUGCAUGGCCCUGCUGCCCAUCAUCACCGUCAGCACCUCGAUGCGGAAGCUGAACCUCCGCUCCUGCGGCGUGUCGGAUGAGUUUGUGGCUGAGCUGUGCCUCAUCCUGCAAAAUCACCCCUCGCUACGGUAUGUGGACAUCAGCGACAACGAGCUCGUCACGGUGUACAGCGCGCCGCACAUCAUCAGCGUCAUGCGCGGCAACCCAAACAUGGUGCUCUUCGACGUGUACAACACCCACGUCGGCGCAAAUGUGGCUGGUAUCAUUGAGAAACUCGGUGAGCACAACCUGGAGAGCGUCCUGCACUACUACGAGGACCGCUACUUCCGCAUGAAGAACUUGUUCAACUACAUGGACGCCGACGGUACGGGCUGGGUGCUGCUGAAGUCGCUUGUUCUCAACUGCCCCUACCCGGUGGUGCAGGAGCAGUUCAUUGAGCGCAUCGCCAAGCGGAAGCCCAUCAAGCGGUCCGACAACACCAUCCACAUCAACACCUUCAUGCAUCUCGUGUACAUGAACUACAAGACGGAGACCGAGAUUGGCCGCAUGGCACAAAAGACGUUGGACGAGCCGUACAUUUUUAUUGUGGCGAACUGGAAGCAGCUGCUGCGCGCCGUGAAGCGCCACAACGUCGGUGAGAAGGGCAAUCAGCACGUGGAGCUGCCGGCGGAUUUCCAUCGGUGGCGCCUGCGGGACUACAUGAUCUCGAACGAGGACGCCGAUGCGGUGAUCGAGGCGGCGGUGCAGCUGGUAGAACACUCCGCGACAGCAACAACGCCAGACAAAGCCGAUGAAGGUGAAAUCAUCUCCGGCAAGACGCACCUGUGCAUCCCGAUCCAGCGCCUGCUGCAGGCCGCAAAGGCGACCCUCGUCCCCCCGCCCAGCGCGGUGAAGCCCGCCUAUCACUUCUACCAGGACCACGAUGUCACCUACAUCCCGAUGAUUCUGCGUGACGGCUCGCGCACCUUCAGCGUGGGCGGCAUGUCUGCCCUGUUCGGUGCGAGCGCGUCGUCGGCGGACGGGGACAGCGCUGCGAGUGCCGCCGACAGCGUGGACCCGGCGGACCCGCCGCACACUUUCUCCCUGCCCGCCUCGCUUGUGAAGAUGAUCGUGGAGCUCUUCAAUAAGGAGUUCGCGCGGCUGCCGAAGAAGCGCGUCUCUGUGCUGCCGGAGACCCCACGCCGGCGACGCGAUCGUGCGAUGGAGAAGUCCGCGGUCCCUGUGCGUGCGUUUCUCAGCGCGGAGUUCGUGACGCCACUCGAGCGCGUGUGUCCGCGUCUGCUCGCCGACUACUACGCCCGGCACGCCAUCCUCAUUGAUGAGGGCACCAUUACCCUGCAGGAGAUGGUGAACGUGCUGGAUGAGAUGUACGUGCAGUGCCGCAUCGAUCGGGUCUUUUCUCUGGAAGAUGUGCAGGCCAUGCCAGACCCCAUGGACCACGGCCCCACCGCCCACUUUUUGGAGGCCCACCUGAAGGAGCGGGAGGACGGAGUGCCGAACGUCGAGCUGCUCGGCGGUGCGAGCGAGCUGUAA